AUGUCGUCGGACCAAGACUACGCCGCCUUCCUCGACAAGGCGAACCAGGACCCGUCCGAGGGCAAGACGGCCGCCCAGGCCAGCGGUGCGGGCGGCGGCAAGAAGGCGGCCGAGUUCCGGACGACGGAGAGCGGGGUCGCGGUCCCCGAGGCGCUGAGGAAGGCGGCCCAGGGCAAGUUCUACACGAGCGACGCGGACGAGCCGUUUGUGCCGUUUGCGCUCAGGUGGGAGGGCGGCGAGGGCGGGUUGCCUGACGAGGAGCAAUUCGCGACGCUGAUCCGGCACUGGAACCCCGUCAUCGCCGACGUCGAGAUCCUGGACGCGUCCGACUGGGACCGGCAGGGCCAGUACGGGGAGCUGGUCGACGCGGUGGCCGAGGCGAGCAAGGGCAGCGACGUGCGGGUCUACCGGGUCGGCAGGGACGGCACGAGGUCCGAGUACUGGGUCGUGACGGCGUGCGAGGGCAAGAUUGUGGGCGUCAAGGCGCUGGCUGUGGAGAGCUGA